AUGUACAACGGACCCGUCACAUCGACAGACAAGACUACCUACGACCUCAUUAAAUCCCUCAUGGCCCGCUUCUUCCACGACGAAGCUUUCCCCACCAUACGUGUCGGCCGUCACUGGAACGCCUUGGGCAAUCUUGAAUAUCGCGCCACAGUUAUGGGCUACGCAGACCAGAGUAGACGGAGGAAUAUUCCUCUUGUACCCAUGCAAGAAGGAGAUUCGCGGAGUGAGGUACUAUUGAUGUUGUUGGGGUCUGUGGAGGAACUUUCGUGGGAGAAGAUGGAAGAGACGGUUGAAUGCCAGGAGGAGGAUGAGCAAAUGAUGGGGGAUUUGGCGACAACAUUUGAUAAGGUGAUGAAGCAUUAG